CCAUAAUACCUCCAUGUCUGCGCAUCUUCUGAUCUUCACGUGCCUCGCCUUCUCUUUUUCUUCUUUUUGGCUGCGGUACAUGCAUAUGCCUUCUGUCUACCUCCUCAGUAGACUUUCUUGAUCUCUGAAAAUCUUAUCCACUCCUCUACCGGCGGUUUAUACCUGUCCUUAUUCUUGGUACUGCUGCCAGAGUUACUGGUUACUCCCCUUUGACACAAAUAUACCUAUAUAUAUAGUUAUCUGUACACACAAACACACAGAGGUCGAGGGUAGGAAGUAAGAGUUAGUUUUGUUCGUUGGUUGACAAAGAAAGCUGAUUUUUAAAUUGGCUGAUUGAUCAUAUACACUUAAGUUGAAUAUUUGAUGGAGAACAAAAAGCACUUGGCUUCUUAUUCUUCUUCUUCUUCUUCAGCUUCUGCUUCUCUGGAUCAGCUUUUUGGUCCCAGGGAUUCCUCUUCAUCAUCCUCUUCUUCUUCAGGGAUUUUUGGAUCCAUCUUCCCACCACCUUCAACGGUGCUGGGAAGAAAGCAGGAUUUUCCUAGUCAAGUUGGGAAUGCCAGAUAUAGAACUCCAGAAGGGAAUAAGAAAGGUGAAAGCAGCAAGAGGAGCUCUGUAUAUCAUAAUGAAACAGCAGAACCUUGCUAUUUUAGCUCAUCAAUUUACUACGGAGGUCAGGAAAAUUAUUCUCCAAGAACCACUGCUGAUUCUCAUCAUAUUUACAAGAGAGAUGAAGGAGAUGAUGAUGCAAAUGGCAGCAAUCCAAACAGUGCUUCAAGAGGAAAUUGGUGGCAGGGUUCGCUUUACUACUAACCGCUUGCCUCCAUAUAAUGCCUACUUAACUAUCCAUAUAGUAAGGUGACUGAAAAUGGCGUUUGUUGACUAUGUUGCAGGAAGAGUGACUCUAUUGCUAUAUAAAUAAGAGGCGAUAGAUAUAUGUAUAUUUAGUAGAGUAUAAUACAAGCAGCUAGGACUUGCGCGAUCAUGUUGGGUUCUUUUGUACGAGCAGCUAGUCAACUUGUACAAAGACCAUGUCACUAAACUAAGACUAUAUGAUAUUUUUUUGAUGACCUCAUGGGUAUGUCAGGUUUGAACCCUCACCCCCUCUGGGUGGAGAGGUGAGGAGAUAACCAAGUCACAUAGGUGGGCUGGUUAACUAAGUAACUAAGACUAUAUAAUGUGUAUGAUGAGUUUAUAUGUAUAACUAAAGCUAGAUUCUUGUAUUUUCAAGUUGUUUUUUGCAGUGUAGAUGUACUAUGUUUCUGGGGUUUUAGCUACAAAGCAUAUUCUAUACUCUGGUA